GCGGGCAGGUGGGCGGGCGCCGAGAGCGGGCGGAAGAUGGCGGAGGGCGGCCGCGCGGAGCCGGAGGAGCAGGAGAGGGGGUCCUCGAGGCCGCGGCCCCCGAGUGCGCGGGACUUGCAGUUGGCCUUGGCAGGAUUGUACGAAGAUGAAGCAGAACGCAAGUCUUCCAAGCCUGACAGAUCUACUGCCACAGCCUUUAAGAGCCCGAGAACAUUGCCACAACGGCUUUACUCAGGUGAACAGGAAUAUGGUGGAUUACAUGUAGUUCAACCUCCAACGGGGAAAAUUGUGAAUGAACUUUUCAAAGAGGCAAGGGAACACGGGGCCGUCCCUCUAAACGACGCCGCAAGAUCGUCAAGUGAUGACAAGCCUAAGUCAUUUACAGGUGGAGGAUACAGAUUGGGCAGUUCGUUCUGUAAGCGGUCAGAGUAUAUCUAUGGAGAAAAUCAGCUGCAAGAUGUUCAGAUAUUGCUGAAGCUGUGGAGCAAUGGUUUCAGCUUAGAUGAUGGAGAAUUGAGACCUUACAAUGACCCAGCAAAUGCGCAGUUUUUGGAAUCUGUUAAGAGAGGAGAGAUUCCCCUUGAGCUUCAGCGCCUGGUCCAUGGCAGCCAAGUGAGUCUGGAUAUGGAAGACCAUCAAGACCAAGAGUACGUAAAACCCAGACUGCGAUUCAAAGCUUUCAGUGGAGAAGGGCAAAAACUUGGAAGCCUUACACCUGAAAUCGUCAGUACGCCUUCUUCCCCAGAAGAAGAGGAUAAAUCAAUACUUAAUGCAGCCGUUCUUAUUGAUGAUUCAGUGCCCACCACCAAAGUUCAGAUCAGGCUGGCAGAUGGCAGUCGCCUGAUUCAGCGAUUCAACAGCACACACCGGGUUCUGGAUAUCCGAGAUUUUAUAGUACAGUCACGUCCUGAAUUUGCAACAACAGACUUUAUUCUUGUGACUUCGUUUCCGAGUAAAGAGCUAACAGAUGAAAGUGUGACCCUACAAGAAGCAGAUAUUCUUAAUACCGUGAUACUCCAACAGCUAAAAUAGUACUGCUGCAACCCAUGUAGAAAUAGGUAAUGCUGUACAUAUUAGUAAAAAUACUUCUAGGGUAAAAACAACCAAAUUAUUUUUUAUUAUUCAGAUAAAUCUGUUUUUGCUGUUGCUCUAUCUUCCAGUGUUUGUCUAGAUAAAAUUAGACUAUGGACAGCUCUUGAUGUUUGAAUUUUCAGUUGCCCGGCUGGCUUAUAUUGAUAGCUGUAAACAUCUAGGUCAACCAACUUACUACGUUUUCAGAUGAAAUGGAAAGAACCCCUUUUGAUAAAUGUAUUUGGUAAAAUUUGCACUCAAGUUUUUUUAAUGCAGUGAUGACCAGUAGCCACUACGGAUCACUUUUCUGUAAUAUAUAUACCAGAGUGUCUGCUCGGAGUUCGAAAUUGUUUGAUCAUAUAAUAAUUAAGAUUUUGGUGUAUUCUUUUUACAUAUUGUUUGAACUAUGUUAGUGUCACAGAAUAUAUUUUGGCCUUGUAUUUUAUAAAAUGACAACUCAUAAACUAAAUUGAAUAGAUGUAAAAGUCAUCAGCUCUUGAGAAGUCGUGACAAAUAGCACUUUAAAAUCAAGAAGUUAUUGUCCUUGCAGAGCCUGCCUUGUUCACUUCCAUUGGCUCAUUCAACAUUUUAAUAGGGGACAUAAAAGAGGGGAGACAUACAUAGAAACACCGUUGUAGAUUGCAAAACAGAAUGUAUUCUUCAGUGUAUGAACUCAGUUUGAGAGACUGGAGCAAAAUUUACCAGCAACAUGCAUGUGUUUUCCUUAUCCAGGCAUGUCUUGAAUGAUGCAGACAGUAUCAGGAACAGCAGAAAAGUGUGAUCCUCCCUCAGACAUCAUUCCAUCAUUAGUCACCAUUUCCAUGUGAUUUUCUGUUAUUAACAUAAGAAAAUACAGAACUUGAGACUGAUGUGCACAGAAUUAUUAUCUUAAAAUUGUGCAGGAUGAAACUGGGAUCUAGUGUGCUAGAAUGAAGGUGUUGCUAGGACUGUACAGAGACUCUAAAGAAUCAUUCCCUGGCUGCUGAGCCCCCAGAGGCCACCUGUGUUCCUUACCCACGGUGCUAUCCCUCCCUCAUCUCACAGCCAGCACUUGCAUCUCUCUGAGCCUUGUAAUUAGUGUUCUCAGCUUCCUAGGACUGUAAGAUGAUAGAGGGCGCACAUGAUCAUCUCUGAAUGCUAACUGAUAGUAACCUUAACCAUCCUUCAGGGUUGCUCUUUUCCAUUUCAGUUACACCUUCGUGGGACUGAGAAGAUUGAUGUGGUUGCUGCCCACAGCCCACACUCUCUCAGAGAUUCACCCAAAUAAACUCACGCCCUCCUUUCAGAGGUGCUCAGAAAUCUCAGUGUAUCACACCAACUCAGUCCAAAACCGUAUCUGCCUUUCAUUGGUUCAGAAAUCCCAAAUGUCAUUUAGAUGAUCUAAAUUAAGUGGAGAUUUCCUCUCUGCCUGUGACACAAAAAAAUGAAUCAUCUGCUCACAGGUAAAUGUCAGGACAGCUAUAGAUUAAUCUGGAAAUAUUGAUUACCAAGGAGCAUGCAAAUCCAGCCAGACAUCCCAUCACCGUUAAGGCCCAACAUUAAUGUGUGGCUCUCGUAACUUAGUCCUUGAGUUUUGACUGUCUCCAUUAUCUUCCUUUCACGGAAGCCACACAGCUUGUUUCUUCCUCUCAUACUGUGCUGUGUGCCUUUCAUAUUAUAAUAGCGACAGUCUGUCAAGAAACUCAAGGAUCUCCUGUGUGUCAUGGAGAUUGGCUCCAUUAAACCAGGAGCUCUUCCCAGCAUCUUUCUACCAACAGAAAUGAUCCCAUGUCUAAUUUUUAGUUUCUCAGAGAAAACAGAACUGUGUCAUACCCAUGAUCUCUUCAAGAGCCUUUUUGUGACUGAAUAUGUAAACCAUUUUGUUACAUGUGUGGUGUGUGUGCUCGUGUGCCUGUUUAGAUGUGUGUUUGGGAAAAGCCUGAAGAUGUUGGGAUCCUUCCUCCAUCUCUUCCCACCCUAUCCAUUCAGGUAGGGUCUCAGUUAAAUCCGGAGCUCACUGGUACAGCUAGUCUGGCUAACAUGCUCCAGGGAUUUCCUAUCUCUACCUUCUCUGUGCUAGAAUUGUGGGCAGCUGUGCUACCCACCCAGCACGGCCAGCACCAGCUACUGAGCCAUUCCCAGUCCUUUGUGUUAUAAAAGGGUUGUGUCACCACACUCUCGUUUCUAUACAUCGGGCUUUCCUGUCAGUAUUGUCAUUUUAAAAACACCUUUCUUAAAUGCUUGUCGAUUAGGCAGACCGAAAAUUUCACUAAGCCCUGGCUUUUUAUAUAUCACCUUUUCACACGGUGUUUCUAUUUUCUAUGAAACAUAUACUACAACCAGGAAGAAUAAAACAGGCUAAAGUUUACCUGAAAAUUCCAGCUUAGUCUUAAGGUUAUCAUGUACAAGUUCUGCUUUGCACAUAACUGUGCAACUCAGCCAAACUUCAGUUUUCCAUCAGUGGCUUCGUCACUCUCUGAGCCCUCAGCAGCAGGGCUCUUAGUGGCAUCGCAUUCCAAAGACUGUUCAUGGCCACUUAGAUACUCUGGUGGUUUAGGUUUUCUCUAUCAAGUCUUAACUCCCUUCAGACCACUCUCCAGCACUAGCCUGUUCUGCUGACAGUCUGAAUAAGGCAGCCUGGGCUCUUCUGCCAUUGUCCUCAAAAUUGCCUUAGCCUCCACACUGAGGCUAUAUGUAAUCCAAAGCUGGAAUUGUCCCUCCUGGUUGGCUAGGAUGUGCUGUGGGGCACCUAGAGGUCUCUGGUUAUUGCAAGGAAUGAGCUGGAAUUUAUGUUUUGUUUUGUUCUGUUUUCUUAAGACAGGGUCUCACUGUUUGUUCCUGGCUGGUCAGGCACUCAUUAUGUAGACUAUACUGGCCUUAAACUCACAGAGAUCUGCCUGUCUCUGCCUCUUGAGUACUGGGAUUAAAAGCCAGAGUUACCUGUGAGCUAAGAUUUUGAAUACUGCUAGUGUUACUACAAGAUCUCUAUGGAGAAUUUUUCUCAACCA